AAUUUUUGCAAGUGCAAGUGCAAGUGCAAGGAUUUACAAUUGUACAUAUCUACCUAAGGGUCUUGUUUAUGUUUGUGGUUCCGAUGGUAAAACUUAUAAGAAUAUCUAUCAUUUGUGGUGUGACCAGAAGAAAGAGUAUGGGAUAAGAGUAAACCUACAACUAAAACAUCCGUGGCGUUGUUUCAUAUGGGAAUCAUACGGCAUCGAAACCACUACAAUUAUAUGUAUUCUUUUGGGCUUAGUUAUACUUAGCGUGUGCUUAUGUAUUUAUCGGAAGAAUCGAACCACUUGGAGAAAAAUGAGAAACUUUUGUGAGACUGCUUGAUGACUCGGUUUAUUGAUUAACAAAUCUUGAUUUAAAUUAGAAUAUUGUCAAUAUAUCAAUGCAUUAGGUAUACAUAAUGUACAACAUACAACAUACUUUUUGACACGUUUGAAUUGUUUAGUUGCAUCGCACAAAGUAUUAAGUAACCAAUUUGUUUUAAUAUUGACAUCAUAGUUUUUUUACAUUUUCCCAUGACACACUGGGAUUUUCAAGUGAUUAGUAGCUGAAUAUUCUGUAGUGCGAGUCGCUGAAUUAAUUAAAUUACUUAAGCCAUUAUCAUCACAAAAAUUGGACAACCGACGGCUGUGUGUUGUGAUUGUAAACAAAUCAAUAUUAAAGUCGCCCAUUAUCACUGCAUUUUUGCUAUUAAUAUAUUGUUCAUACCAUUGUUACCGCAAGGACCCUUGCGUCAUCCGCAACGCAGUCGCAUAGUUGACGCAAGAGUUGCUGAUGAAUCCGCCUUUUCCUACUACUCACAUCUAUUGAAUGCAUCUCAAUAUUGGCAUAAAAAAAAGUAGAAUUUCGAUCAUAGCACGAUCAACGCAAAAAUUGAGACACGUUUUCAAACAAAAGGAUUCAAUAUUGGAUGGUGCGUCACCUCGGCCAAUUUUAGCCAAACAGUUGCAAUUAGCACAACAAACAUUCGAAUUUAUUUACCCAUUCUUGGAACGAAAUUAUAUAUUUGUUAGUAUCGAAUAUGAACGAAAUAAAAAAACAUACCCAUACAACCAACAAAGUACAAAAAAAAAACCGAACCAAGCCGACAUAGUAUUAAAAAAGCUACAUUUUGUGUUGGAGAUGAUGAUAUACCAAGUAAAAGAGAUAAGAUACAUUGUAUAGUGUGCAAAAUAAACACUUCACACGAGCAAAACUGACGCCUGCGUGUGUUUGUGAUCGCGCUCUUUAAAUAAACCCGAACGAAAUUUCGUUUUUUUUCUCAUUCGGUUCAUUUCUGCAAUCAACAACGCAAUGCUUGAAAUUGACUCAAAUUGAGUUUUUAUCAUGCGGCAAAAAUCGAUACGGUGUUAUUUAUUUAAGCUAGAAACCGAUAGGUGGUUGGCCCGUGCAUAUGGUUUUUUUCCAUAAUACACACACGUACAAUAAAAAAAACAUCGAAUGAACUCAUCAGUUCCCCAAGCAUAUGUGUGUGUUUUUUUGUAUACACUACACCGUGUAUGUUCGUCUUUCUCCGCAGGAGUUGGCAAACAUUUACCCGGCAAACAAUAACUCCUCAAUUUAAUUUCUGCAAACGAAAAUAGCAUUCGCCAAAUUUUUUAUGUAUAUUUAUGGUUCAUUUCAAUCGUUGCAGCGAUUUAUUUUUAUUUCGUUCUGUAAAUAUAUGUGAAAUAUUUUUGGAUGUUUUUUCUCUACAUUUCUCUUUGAACACCGACUGACAGCAUGCGUACAGAUGAAUUGGCUGCAUUCUGUGUAUGGCUACCAAUUUUGACAUUUCUACUCAUCGACCACUCUACUCAUGCUCACAGCCCAAUGCGCUGAUGACAUCUCAACUGUCAAACACAUUAUUUGCCUUUCACUCGAAUCCCCCAGUGCGAUGCAUAUGCAAGAGCGAGAUAAACGUAUAGACUAUGUUCGACUGUAUUGGCUACACCGAUAUGAAUUCCGAGUCUCAACAUAAGUGAUGACAUGUCGUGAUUGUACAUUACACGUAGCUUUUGUAUAUUGUUUAAGAGAGAACCUAAUUAUUUUGUAUUUUUGUAAUUAAAAUUUUUCGGGAAAAAAUUAGUUGAGUGUUUCUCAUUUGAUUGUGAGAUGACGUAAAAUGAUGUGGUAAACAUUCAAAACGAAAUACGGUAAAUAUACAGUGGAUUUUAUUGGUUCGAUUGGAUUUUCAUGUGAUCGAAACAUUAGAAAACAACAUCUGUGUGUUAACUUUUUAAUGUAGUUUGUUAACACAUCAAAAUCGCGUUUUUUGAUACGUGCAUUUUGUGUGACGUCACAUUCACUUUCUAUAAAAUGUAAAUGAGCUACGUCUAUAUUUGUAUUUAACACGUUUUCGUUGUUUUUAUUUUUCUUUUUUUUUUCUUCUAAUGUUCAGCAGAUUUUUUGUUGUUGCUUAUGAUUAAUUUUUGUUUCUGUGCGGAAUUGUAAAUACUUUUGACGGGAACCCGAAUUGAUAAAGAAAAAAUGUCAGACAAAGAACCAAAUGAAACUGGAACACACACCGACGAUCAAAUGUCGGUCGAUAUGACACGAGGCAGUCUGACAAAUUUAGCGCAGAAUUUUAGCGAACAGCAGGUAUGGAAUUCGUUGAAAAUCAGUGAAUUUUUCAUUGAAAACUGAGUUUUUGCAUGACAAAGACCUUUGUUCGUGCACUUCUUUUUUCUUACGUCAAAUUUUUUUCAUCAAUCUACGUUUGCAUUCAUGUGAUAAUUGGUGUAUGUGUGUUGACAGGCAAAAAUUACGGCAUUGAAACAGCUAGUAAAACAAUCGGAAGAGGAUCACGGCAAAAAUACAGCCAGUGCCCAAGAAAAGGUGAAAAAUAUUGCACAGCGAUUAACGCAUCUCAAAUCGAAGGCUACACGAUCACGUCAAACGAGCGGUAAUUGAAUGCAAUUAAUUUUGGAGUUUGCGUCGUGAAAAAAAAAAACAAUUCUAAUUCACAUUGUGCUAAUCGUUACCAUUUGUUUCAUUGCAGAAAAAUCAUUUAACGAAAUACACGAAGAAAUUUCGAUUGAAAGUAGUAACACGAGUAUCGUUGAAAAUGAGAGUUAUAGGCAAUCAACUUCAUUCGAUGGUACGCCAUUAUCACGAAGGCGUUCCGAUGCGCCAGGCAGCGAAAAAAUCCAACUUUUACGAAUUCAAAUGCAACAGAAUCGUUUGCGAAUGGCUGAACGUGAGUCAAAUCAACGUGGCAUUGAAGAGAUGGUGACACAAUUGAAGGCAAAAUUCAAUAGUUCACAGCAGUCAUUGGAUCGUGCCCAUUUGUUGGGUAGUUCAAUUGGUGAUUUAUCAGCAUUAUCGGGACGGUCACACAAGAAUCAAUCGACUGGUGAUUUAAGCGGUAGUUUCAAUUUGGAACGUGAACGUAUCAAAUACUUAGAGAAACGAAUUAAACACUUGGAAAAUGAAAUGAAGCAAAAAGAGAAUGAAUUUCUGCAUAAAGACCCCGAAUCGGAACAAUCAAAACUAAUUCAACAGUUGAACGCUCGCAUUAUGGAUUUGGAGGAGAAUUUGAAAGAGAAGGAUGGUCUCAUCGAAGCUCGUACCAAAGCAGCUAACCUUAUUUCCGAGUCACUUUCGCUCAAAGGCAAAGACACCGUUGAUCUGCUGGAAGAAACAAAACACGAAAUGGUUAAAAUGCAAGAGAAUUUCGUGACCACCGAAGAUGAUUUGAAUAAACGCAUCGCGACACUGGAAAAAGAGAUUCAAGCUAAGGAUAAACGGAUUGCUAAUUUGGAGGAAGUUAACGAUAUUCUGGAAACGGCUCGCUUUGAUUUGACACUGAAAAACUCGGAAUUGGACAGUAAAACCGGAACGGUGGAGGAUUACGUAAACAAAUUGAAUGAGCUGAAUAAAAUCAACGAAACGCUUCAGCAUCGCAUUGAAAGUUUGGAAAAUGAAAAAGAAGAUGUGACAUCAAAUGUUGUUCCAGAUGUUGAUGUGUCGGAAUAUGUGCAGAAAAUUCAACAGUUUGAAUCGCGAAUUUCCGAGUUGGAAAGUGAAAAUGAUGAUUUGAAAAAGUCUCUUCAAUCAGCAUUGAAUACACCAGCGUCUGAUGCCAGUGACCAGGAGCGAAUCAAUAACUUGGAAGCAACCAUAUCGGCCCAAAAGGAAGAAUGCGAACGUCUAUCGAAUCUACUCCAAACCACACAAGAUCAAUUGGCUGAAAAGACUGUGGAAUACAAUGUUCUGAUGGCAAACUUCAAUGUAUUGGAUGAAAAGUUGAAAUCAUACGGUCCAAAGUCAAUAUUUUCUAAAUCCAACGACGAAGAAGCGCAAGCUGAAAUUAACAAACUCACCAAACAACUCGAUGAGGCCAACAAAGCCGGCAUCAAAACCAAAUUAAAGAUGAAACAACUGCAAAAACAAAUUGACAUAUUCAAGAAAACAUCGGACACGAAUAAGGAAUUAGUUAAAUUAAUGGAAGAAAAUCAACGAUUAAGUGAAAAACUGAAGGAUAUGGAAUCGGAAACUGCUUCGCUUAAGAGCCAAUAUCUACAAUCGGCCGCUGCUGACGGUGAUGGUGACCAUAGUAAGGGCUCUCAAGAACUUGAAGCGAAAAUAAAAUUACUUGAAACCACUUGCCAAAAUCAAACAUCAGCCAUCCAACUGCUAGAGGAGCAGAAACUUGAUAUGACCGCCGAUUUGAAUGAAACCAAAACGGAAUUAUCGUCAUUGAAGGGCCAUAUCAAGGAUAAAGAUAAACACGACGUCACUUCCGAAAUGGAUUCAAUUGCCAAUGAGGAACAAAUCGAGAAUUUGAAUAAACAAGUCGAAGAGUUGAAUGGCCAAAUCAAUCGAUUGGUAGCUGAAAAGAUGGAUCUGAAAUCGAAGUUGGAUCGAUACAUCAGUGAAAAUAUGGAAUUGUUAGAGAAAAUCGACAAGCUUAGCAAGGGUAGUUCCGUUGAAUCGAUCGAAAUUUUGGAGCGUCUCACACAAGAGGAGAAACUCGAAAUGGAUCGUUUGCAAGCAACAGUCGAGGCAUCCGUAAUUGAGGAACAAGAUGAAAAUCACGAUCAACCAGACGAUGCGGCACAUGUAUCAAAAUCUGACAGCCAUACUGAAGCUAUCAAAGAAGCAGUCGAUGAGAAUGCCACCCAAGCAAAACUUCAAACACUGCUCGAUGAAAAUCAACAACUUAGCAAAACGAUUGAUGAAUUGCGUGCUGAAAAACAACGAAUUCUUGAGGAGCUUGAUGAAUCCAAAGCAGCCAAUCUAUCAACGCUCAAGGAAUUGAGCGACAUUCAAGCUGAACACGAUAGGUUAGUUGCCAAUAUUCAAGAGAUUCAAGAGGUGAAAUCGAAAUUGGAAACAGAUAUCGUUCAAUUGGAAAAAGAGCGUGACUCUGCAUUGGCUAGUUCAACACCGAAAAGAGUGGCUGAAUCAACAUUCGUUGACAAAGAGACAUACGAAACAGGGUUGAAGAAUUUGUGUUCAGAACUUGAUAAUUAUCGUGGCGCUAAGGAAAAGAAUGCCAAGGUAAAUGCUUCCAGAAAAUUAGCACGAGAAUCAAAGAACGUGGCCGACCUCAUGGAUAAACUGCUGGUAAGCUAUAACGGUAGCCUUGAAGAGUUGCAAACGUUUAGAGCAGAAGUGGAGCAUGAACAUGCCGCCAGAAAGGAAAGUGAGAAACAGGACAUUGUAGUGAUUGGCAGCAAUGACAAUAAAGAAAGGAUCAACGAAUUAGUACAACAAAUUGAUGAACUGCGUUUGGGUGAGGAGAAAUUGAAAUCAAAGUGCAGCGAUUUGGAACAGCAGGUCGAAGAACGAGAGACUUCGUACAAUGAUCUUGAGAAGUCUGUUGCCGACUUAAAAUCUAAAAAUAACCAUUUGAACGAGGAAAUCAAGGCGCUUCAAUUAUCGCUGGAUGAAACCAAGGAGAGUGACUUCCAAGAGUUGCAAAAACAACGCAAAGAGUUUGACAAUUUGUUGGAGGCGAGCAAAAAAGAAAUGGAAAUUCUUCGUGAUUUGGUCAACGAGCAGAAGCAACAAUUGAUAACCACUUACACCGAGCAUGAGUUGGAGCUGAAUCAACGAGAUACUCAAAUCGCUUCGUACACCGAACAAAUCGAGAAGCUUCAGCAAGAGCUGCGUAACACCCAAUCGCAGAUGCAAUGUGCUAAUCAAGAUUACGUCGUGGAGUUGAAUGAGAAGAUCACGUCGAUGCAGUCGUUAUUAGAUGAAAACAAACAGUUGCUUAAGCAGCAAACCUCCGACUUGGACAAUAAACAAUCCACGAUCGACUCAUUGAAUCAACAAAUAAUGGAUUUGUACAAAUCGAUGGAGUCGAAUGCAGCCGAAGUGGCCGAGAAAGAUGAUGAAAUCGAAUUGUUGCAGUCGCAAAUCGACAAAAACAAAGCCGAUAUCAAGAAAAUGAAUCAAAAUAACUUGGCCAGUGAGCGCAAGGCCAAAGAAUCGGACGCCAAUUUGAAGCGAAGAGAAAAGGAAUGGCAUAAAGAAUUGCAAGAAAAAGAAGAGGAAUGGAAGAAACAGUUGAACGAAGUGGAAAACCAACGAAGCGCACUGGAGACCAAAAAUAAAGAACAAUUGGAAAAAUUGAAAAAGUUUGCCGCUAAUCUGAAGAAGAAGAAUGCACAGUACGCCGAAUUGGAAGAGAAGUUCAAUGCUUUGUCAACGGGUGGUCAAGUGGAACAAGUGGUCGUUCAACAGCAAGUGCAAAAAGUUGAAAGUAUUCCAUUGCAGCAGUCAAGCAAUGACUCGGAAUUCAAAGAGAAAAUUGCACGAUUGGAACAAGAAUUGAAUGAGUCUUCAUCGAUUACAGCCAGUCUUCGUGAGAAUAUCGAUCGCAAAAUGGCUGAAGUUGAAAAUUUGAAGCUGCGUUUGAGCGAAAAGAAUCAAUUGCUUGAUGAAUUAACUGCCAACUUGAAUGCCAAACAGAAUGAAAUUGCCGAACUUCAAGAGAAAUUGUCGGAAUCACAGACGGUCAAAGAAGAGCUCACCAAAACGGCUGAAGAUUUGAAGUCGAAAAACAUCAAGAUUGAAAAGUGUAAGGCCAUCAUUAAGGAGAAGAACAAGGAAAUCAAACGCCUUCAAGAGCUUGAACAAGCCAUGAAAAACAAAGAUUCAGCCGAAGUCUCUGCUGAAGAAUUGAAAUUGCAACUGGAUCAAGCGCAAAGUGAGAAGGAUAAAAUCAGUGAAGAUUUUGAAAAUUAUCGCUCAUUCAUCGAGACAAAACUUCAAAAUAGCGAUUUGGUGGUUGAAUCAAUUGAAACGGAAAAUGCACAAUUAAAAGAGCGAAUCGGACGAUUGGAAGAGAAUAUUUGCAAAGCGGAAGAGCGGCGAUCAUCAUUGGAACGUCAUUCGGAAUUGUUGGGUCUCCAAUUGGAGCAAAAACAAACACAAAUUGAAAAUGUUGAAGACGAAUACGCUGAACGGUUACGUGCUCUGACCAACCAAGAUGAAAUCAUCGAGCAGAAACUCAAGGAUAUGGAAAUUGAACGCGACGGUUUGCUUGAAACAUUGAAAGACUAUGAAAAUCAAAUGAACGAAUGGACCGGCAAAAAUGAAGAGCUGGAGCAACGCGUCUAUGAAUUGGAAUCAACCCAAUUAAUCGAAUUAAAAGAAGAAAACAAAGAAUUAUCCAGCCGAAUUGAGAAGUUAGACGCCGAAAUUGCCCGCAAACAGCAAGAGUAUGACCAGAAGAUUGCCGAGAAACAGACCGAAUUGACCGAAUUAGAAAAUGAAUUGAGCAAUCAUUUGCAGGGUGUUGAGCGUGAACGUCGUUCUAUUCAAGAGAACCUUGAGAAAUCCAUUGAAGAAAACACCAUGCUCCAAGAUCAACUCGUCCAAUUGCGUGAAUCCCAAUCAAGUUUGGAAUUGAGCAGAAAUGAACUGGAGAAGGAGAUCACAUGGGUGAAAUUGCAAAAUGACACAAUGACCCAAGAUCAGCUCGAGGCACAAGAGUUGCGCAUGCAAGUGGUUCAAGAUCAAACCGAAGUCGAUAAUUUGCACGCUCAAAAUCUGGAAUUGGUGGAAAAACAUACGGCUGAACUAAACACGGUCCAAAUUCAACUAACCGAAGCCAAUCACAACCGUUUGGCUGCUGAAGCUGAAAUUGAACGCAUUAAAUCCGAAAUGGCAACCGUUAAAGAUGAGUUAUCACGUGAAUUGGAUUCGUUGAAGACAAAGAUAUGUGAAGAUCAAACGGAGAUUGUCAAUUAUCGCUUGAGAAACGAGCAAAUGGUCGCUGAUCAUGAAAAUGAACUGAGCAAUUUACAUUCACGCAUUUCCGAAUUGAGUUCAUUGUACGAGCAAACGCAACGCGACAGCAAUGAAAUCGAAGGUCUUCGUAUGCACAAGCAACAAUUGGAAACGGAAAUCACAUUGUUGCGCCAGCAAAUCAACACAUUGGAUGCUCUUCAAAUGAAUGUCGGCCAAAAUAUUACCCAAGAUCAAAUGGAGGUACAACAGUUGCGCUUGCAAAUUGCACACGAUCAAACCGAAAUUGAAUCGUUGAGACAUCAAAUUCAACAGUUGCACAUCAAUCAUGAGAGUGAAUUGGGUGCCUUGCGUCAGCAAAUCGCUGAGUUGGACUCGCUUCGAAUGCAAGUCGGCCAAAAUCAAACCGACGAUCAAGUGUUUAUCCAAAAUGAAAACGAGCGCUUGCAAUCACUUUUGGCUGAGAAAGAAAUGGAAAUUCAGAAUUAUCAACGGCAAAAUUUGCAAUUGCAAAUGUCAGCUGGAGCCACAUCAAGUGAUCCAUUCUUGUCAUUCUCAAAUAACACACCAGAUGUGAAUGACACUUUUACACUUACCACGAAGGUUACCGAAUUGGAAUUACGUUUGGAAAAUACGCUUCAUGAAGUUACCGAAUCACAAGCCAGAUGCACUGAGUUGCAGCGACUUUGCAUGGAAAAAGACACCGAAAUUGCCCGUCUUCAGGAGAGAGCUCAUAAUGUGUCAAGUGGCUCAGAGAGUAUUCCAAUUGCUGAACCAAUCAUGGUUAGCCAUCAAGCGCAAUCGCUCAAUGUGUCAUCGUUCGAAAUCCAAGCUCCAAUCGAAACGGUGGCUGAUUCAAAUGCAUCGCAAAUUGAAGACCUUCAACGAAAUGUUUCCGAUUUGGAGAAGUACGUUACGGACUUAGAGCAUAAAUUGAAAGCAGCCAACGAAGAAAUUAUGAAAUAUCACGUGGAACGAAGCAAUUUUGAUAAAGUUUUAGCAACCAAAGCCAAGCAAUAUGAAGAUGAAGUUACAGCUUUGAAUUCAUCGUUGGAAACACUCAAAAUGCAAUUAGCUUCAGUUCAAGAGAGAAAUGAACAAGAGCAAACACCACAAAUAUAUGUUCAAACCACUCCAGUUCAACGUACUUCCCAAUUGCCAAGUGCUGCCUCAUUCUUUGGCUCACCAACAGAAGACAAUCCAUUCAACGCUAUCACAAAGAACUUCCCUGCAGACACCGGUGAACCAGAUUACUCCGGUCAAGUGCCAGUCGUAGAAGAAACCAUUGUGCCGAAGACCACUUGGGUAUGUCAUCCAGAAGAGCAGCGAACGUUGUCGCCAUCGAAUGAUGACUGGGGCGAAUCGGCUUGGGGAAGUGAUGCCAUUUUGGAGGAACAGCAUCAACAGCAAUCGGUUAGCACGAAUCAAGCCGUUUUGAACCAAGCUGCCGUCAACCUUCAACUUCAAAUUGACGAAAUCCGCACUGAACGUGACAACAUAUCCACCGAAUUGAGUUCAUUGCAAACGAAAUAUCAAAAAUUAUUGAAAAAACUCAAAGAGUACAAGUCGAAAAUCGAUGACUUGGAGCGUUCAAAAGCCAAAUCACGACCAUCAGUUGUAGAACCAAACGAUUUGGACUUGGCCAUUCAAGAAGAACUUAACAAUCAAAUCAAGGUUUUGGAACAGAAACUGAAAGAAGUGAAAGCUGAACAAGAAAAAGAGGCGCAAGAAAAGAAGAAACUGUUGACUCGUGUGGACGUGUUGACUGCAGCCAACGAUCGUAUGACCGAAAUGAAAGACAAACAAGAUAUUGAAAUCGAAGUGUGCAAGACGAAAAUACGUGAGUUAAACGGGCGAUUGGAGAAGAUAAGUGAAUGGGCUGAUGAGAAUGCGGCCAAACCAGGAAUACAUGAUGCGAUCGCUGCUCGUUUGACCGAAGCACAGAAUCAAAAUCGUUUGCUUGAGGAAAGAAUGCAACGUUUGCAGGCCUCGGCUGAUAAGGAUGAUUUUGAAGAAGAACGCGAUCAAUAUUUUGAUCAAUUCCGUGUUUUGACCGCUGAAAAAGUGUUGCUAGAAGAAAAUAUUGCAAUUAAAACGGAUGAAAUUGCCAGUUUGCAUGAGAAGUUGGCGGCGCUGGAAAAACAAAAUGAUGACUUCAAAGCUACUAUUGAAUUGUUAUCGGAGGAGUCAAACAAUAUAAAAUUGCAUUUAGACCAAUUGAAGGAUGAACACAAGCAGAAGAUCGAUGAAAAUGCCAGUUUAUCCGAGAAAAUGUCCGAAUUGAUGGAGAAGAAUGCUAUGCUUGCCAAGCAAGUGGACGAGAUGCGUGUGUACAAUUUGAAUUCACAAGAUGUUGAGCAGCGAAUUCAAGAUUUGAACGCAAGCAUUCAGUACAAAGACUCGGAAAUCGGUGCAUUUAAUGAAAAAUUGGCCAAUCAAAAGCAGACAUUCAAUCAGGAACAUGAACGUUUGAGCCAAGAGCUAGCGGAUAAUGCCGAAACAAUCGCUGAGUUACGACAAGAAAUCACCCGGUUGACGGUCGAAAAUGAAAAACUGCUGAAAAAUCCAACGCCAGUAAUUCAAACAGCGAGUACAAGUAACAAAGAUGACGAAAUCCAGAAAUUAGAAAAAAUUGUGAGCGAAUUACGUGAGGAAAAAGCGAAUAUGGAAGACGAAUUACAGGUGCUAAACGAUCAAGUGAUCAAAAACUUGGAAAUCGAAGACCGAAUCAAGAGCACCGUAUUUGAACUUGACACAAAGAACAUUGAAAUUGCCGAAUUGAAAAAUAGUUUGCAGCAAAUUAAAGAAAACCAAACGACGACAUCUGCUGUGGAUCCAUCGACACAACAACAAAUCACUGAAUUAACCGUUAAAUUGCAAGAGAAGGACGCACUGCAUCAGUCGAAUGUCGAUUUGUUGAAUGCCCAGUGGCAGCAAGUUGUCGAUCAAAAAUGUGCCGAAGUGGCCGAUAGUUGGCGUCAUCAUUUGCAAUUGAAAGAGGAUGAAUUUGCGGGCGUGGAAAGUGAUUUGCGUGAAAAAGUGCUGCAACUUGAGCUACAAUCGAAUACCAGUUCGACAACACCCGAAACACAGAAUACACCUACCUCCGGUGAUUCACGAUCAAAUAUCCAAGAAUCACCUGAAUUAAAAUCCGACAGUGCGAACGUCGACCAAAGUGAACUCGUCAAAACGAUGCAGAAUGCAUUGGAACAACAGGAAAUCGAAAUCGUUUCACUCAAAGAACAGUUGGCUAUUCGCAGUGCUGAAUAUGCUAGAAUUGCUGCAUCCGUCGAUCCAUAUGCCAUGAAAUCAACAUCGAGCAACAUUUUCCCAUCGGUGAAUCAAACCGAUGAAGCCCCAUCGAAAGGAAAUGAAUUGGAUUUGGCACUUUAUAUGCUACAUCAACGUGAUAUGCGGUGCGAGGAACUGACCGAAGAAGUGAUACACUUGCUUGAAGAACGUGAUACACUACAGUUGAAACUAUCGAAUUCCAUUCGCCAGUUUGAGGAGUUCAAACACAGGACUGGAAACGAUGUCACCGAUGCAACGGAAGCAGGCAGUAGCAGCCCAGUUAAAUCGAAUCCAGCCUUAAGCGAUGCACACUCUUCACAUGACGGCAGUUUUAAUGAACAAUCACAAAGCGAUAACUUGGAUUUGAAAUUGUCCGAAUUGCACAAAGUCAGUCAUUCCCGAGAUAAGACCUUGAAGGAGGAGCGAGAGCAACGUCGCCGUCAAAUGAAUGUAUUCCAAAAAGAUGUGGCAAAUAUGCCACCCGAAGCGAUUGCCGAGUUGUUUGGACCCGAUUUCAAGCCAAAUACACGAAACACCCAAAACGCAUCGUCCAUGCUGAUGGAUUGGCUGUGGGGACGAAGUGAUAAUGAGCCACAUAACUGAUGUUCCAUAUUUAAAUCAUUCGACCUCUGUCAAGUGCAAGACUACCGUUUAAUUUGUUUCUCGUUUAAUCGGACACGAUUCGGUUUUGACUUUGGUGAUCUGUUCUUUGUUAGAAAUGACUCGUUUAACGAAAUCAAAUUAAAGUAGUUGCACUCAAUUGAACAUGAAAUAUAUACAAGCCAAUACUUUGAACGUAAAACACACACAUAAGAAAAAAAAGCAUUCAAUUUACCUGAGAAAAAAAAAAUUAUAUUUGUUUUUAGAUUUUAUCAUGAUUUAUCGUUAAAUGUAAAAUAAAAAAAAAUUGAAAUUGAAA